AUGAUAAAGAUUUUUACAACUAGAGUUACUGCAAAAUCGGGAAUUGUUUUUCUUCCUCCAUAUGAUGGAGCAUGGAUGAAUUGCACUAAUGAUAUAACAACAAUUGUUAAUAAAAGUAGUAUUAAACUUGUUGAUUAUUCGACCCCUGUAACUCCAGGAUUUGGCGAUUAUGUUGCAGGAAGGUCUUCUGAUAAACGUAUUCGUGGCAUUGGUUUUAUUGUAUAUUCAAGUUUCGUAGAACCAGUAGCAUCAUUUAGUAUUUCUGCACUUGACAAUUCUGCUGUUUAUAAUAUGUUCGGAUACUGUGGUACAGAUGAAUAUCCAACUAUUCAAUGUGACUCGCCAAUUAUGGGGUUAUCAAAUCCACCUACUCAACAGUGGUGCAUAACUAUAACAAACCCAUUUAAUAAUAGUCAAAAAGCUUACGUAUCAUUCAGUCCUGAUUAA